AUGGCCGCCGAGAACUUUGCGCCGCCGGCCUUGCCGUUGCCGCUGCCGCCUCCCAUCUCCACCUCGUCUCGGCCGGAUCGCGACUCACUGACAGCGCCAUCGGCCCCGGUUCUGACUGCGCCCGUCGGUCAAGGCGCCCCUGCGGUCGCACCCGCUCCGCAUCACCAGCCGUAUGACCCGUCGCUGGACCCCACCAUCAAGCAAUUGCUGGACCAGCAGGCCGAAAUCCAGGCAAGGCUGGCCGCUCUGCUUCCCCAAAAAUAUGGACCCAACAUCAAGCUGGAGCUCGAGAUGCUGCGUCACAAACUCCGGGUACUGCGCGCAUACGCAGAAGACAACCAAUUAUCCGGAAAUAUCUUACCCUCGUCUGAGAUUGAGGAGGCGAGAGCGCUGCAGUAUCAAUGCGAAUGCAUCGAAACUGCUUGCGUCGAUCAAGGUAUCGACCUCCAGGACCCCGGGUUUCUUGACACCUUAAAGUAUCACUAUCAUCGCGACGAGGCUCCGGAAGGGUACGCUGCGUGGUUAGACAGGAAUCUCGCCCAGUAUGACCCAGUUGCCCGCGCGUUCCGGUUGAAGGACAGCUUGCCCCUUGGCUUCCGCGCCCACCACUCGUUCAAAUGCUGGGAUGACCGGUGCAUGCACUACAUAUACGGCUAUCCCCAUCGUGACGACCGCGAUCAGCACUCCAAGGAGCAUGUGAUCCCCCGCAAGCGGGACUCGGGGCUAUCUGUCGGAGGCACGCCGCCAUUGCAGUUCACCGAGCAUCCAACCCGAAGCCAUGGUGUCGACUACAGCAAACAGACUGCUUCGCCGCUCUACCUCCCACGCCCCGCCGCGAGUUUCUCACUCGCUCCUCUGGCGACAGGCGGCCAGGGAAGGGACCAACGAGAGUCCCUACGGAGCUAUUCGUUUACAUCUGAGCAGCCGGCUGCUCCCCGUGGCUCAGUUGACUCCGAAGGUGACCCGUUGCUGCCGCCAUUGAAGCGCAGCCGUGUUGGGCAGUCUCGGCUUGAAUCCAUUGAGGAACUCCGCCUCCUCCGAGACAUCGGACCUUGUAUUCGCUGCAGGGUGUUGCAGCAAUCAUGCGACUCCAACGAUCCCUGUAGACUCUGUCCCGACCCGGCGACCUCCCCAGGCGCUGAUUUUUGGAAGGCUCUUGGCUGCCAGCGAGGGCCGCUUACCUCUUUUGCCGAUAUUAUGCUGCCAGCUUUCAUGGCCCCCAAGCACCCCCAGACACCCAUGACUUCGCCUCUUGCCGUCCGGCGCAACUUGAACGACUUUCUGGAGAGAGCUUUUGUCGUCCCUCCAGAAAUCACGAGAAUGGUCAAGGCCCAGAUGGAUUUCGACGACGGGUUCUGGUGGACUGAGGACCUUGCUAAUUUGCCCCCAUCGAACCCGACCCGAGCUUCCUUCCACAAGGACGCCAUCGACAGACCGCCGCCGAUUCUCAACGUCCUGGGAGCCAGUUGGAAUAUGAACGGCACCAUGUACAACUUCUGGCAGCUCUUGAAGCUGAGUGGAGUAUUCUCGGACAACCGGGAAGCUGAACUUGCCAGGUAUCCCGUCCUCUUCCGCGCCAAGCUGUUGCUUCGAGAGACUCUCUUCUUCGACCUCCAGCAUCCUGAUCCAGCGAUUCAUGGAGAGCCAAGCAGCUCAGUUUCUCACGUGGUCUUUGACGAUGCAGAUUCAUAUGGGCGCUUCCAUGUGCUCUACAAUUGCAUGGUCCAGUUCCUGCAGUCAUUUGACCAUCAGAUGGCCCGGCCCGGCCCAUUGGACUCCAAGAGCUGGCUGGCCGGCGUGUUUGCCCUCUGCAUCUUCAGCAUGGUGAAGACCAUUCUGGUUGACAGAGCCACUCAUCUUCGUUUCAACCCAGCCUCGCAGGCAUCGAUAGCAGCGAUGCACGCGGUCCAUAAGGCACUUGUCAGUGUCUUUGCAUGGUCUACCCCGAUGCUCCUGGACGCGCAGGAUAUGGACAUGGGCCACGACGAUCGGGAACUGCUCAUCUCAGCCGGGGUGUUCUUGGGUAGGAGCUCGUGGGCGGAGCGUGGCAUUCCAACAUGCAAAGACUUUCUCAUGCUCCUUGGGAGCGGAGAGAUCGAGGGGAGCUACUACAAUGGAUUUAUCAGGCAGCGGUCGCCAACCAUGCAGAGCUCUCUUGUCCUGCCGCCGAUCAACAAGCCGGCGGACGAGUCGAGAAAGCCGCUCCCUGAUAUGCGACCACUCAUCACGUCGUGGACACCUGCGGCCCACAGUCAACCGGACAGAGACGUAUACGUUUUCAAAGGAGAGCCCGAUCGGAUGCUUACUUCGCCCCAAGCCAUGGACGCCGGUAGACGGCAUACCGUUGCCGAAAGCCCAACGUUUGUCAGGCAGCCUGGUCGCGUACCGACUUCCCCGGUUGCAACGUCCAGGAUGCGGGCUUCGUACCAGAGACCACCGCUGAGGAGAGUCUACUGUACGAAAUGUAACGAGUAUCCCGAAGGGUUCCGCGGCGAGCAUGAACUGAGAAGGCACAACGAUGCGAAACAUGCCGCCCUCGUCAAAAGAUGGGUCUGCACACAACCGCUGGACGGCCCCGGCUCGCCGCAGCCCGUGAUACCGCUCGCAAAGUGCAAGGCCUGCGUCACCCAGAAACGCUACGGGGCGUACUAUAACGCGGCUGCACACCUUCGGAGAGCCCACUUCAACCCUCAUCGCGGAGGUAAGGCGAGCGGAGACUGGCCGCCCAUGUCGAUUCUGAAGGAUUGGAUGCGUGAGGUCCGGCAGUCCAUCGAUGUGCAAGACCAGGAUGAUGCAUCGAGCGGCGACGAAGAAGUGCAGGAUUACAAGAGAGCCCACGACUUCAUCUCCCCGCCGCAGCACCGCUCGCCCGUCUCCGAGGCACCCCGUCUUGCACCAGCACCUCCUGUGCCUCCACAGGCACAUGGCCCGCCAUUGCUGGCUCCCUCGCUCGACCGCCUCAAUCCAGUCGGCCCUCCACCGAUUAUUAUUCAGACUGCGCACAACGCCUUUUUAGCGCCCACUCCCACUCUCAAGGAGGACGAACCGCCACAUUCGAUAGCGUCGUCCUCGUCCGCUCGUAGCCGCUGUCCUCUUCCAGAAUGUGGCCGCGUCUUUAAAGACCUUGCAGCCCACAUGUUGACGCACAUGGAGGAGAGACCGGAGAAGUGUCCUAUCGAGACGUGCGAGUAUCACGUCAAAGGGUUCGCCCGCAAAUAUGACAAGAACCGGCAUGCCCUGACACAUUACAAGGGCACCAUGGUGUGUCCGUUUUGCCCAGGCGUCGGAACUGCGUAUGAGAAGGCGUUCAACCGCGCAGACGUAUUCAAGCGGCAUCUGACAGCGGUGCAUAACGUUGAGCAGACGCCGCCGAACAGCAGGAAGCUGGUCCUGCCCACCGGGGCCAGUAGAGCCGGGGGUGUAGGAGCUAGGUGCAACAUCUGCCAGAGCCAGUUUGCCACGGCGCAGGAGUUCUACGAGCACCUGGAUGAUUGCGUGCUGAAUGUGAUAGUACCGUCGACGCCCAAGACUGCUGGCAGCGGAGGUGGCAGUGUCACGGCGAGGAAGGAUUCGGCGACGAGGACGCCAACAACAGCGAGCACCGAAAAGGGCAAGGAACUCGACAUUGAAAUGGAGGCGCGCAGUUCCCCCGAGGUUACACAACCGCGGGCCGAUCCGCGAGACAUCAGCAUGGAAUUCGCUCACACCACGGACCCCGAACCCGGCGCUAGCGAGCGCAGGCCCGACGAUCAGCACACCGCUAGCGAGGAUAAGGAAUCCAUGCAGAUUGAUGACCGACAAGAACAAGAUCAGCCAGAACAGCAACAACGACAACAACAACACCGGUUCAACCCGACGGCGCCGUCGCAACCAGGCCCGUCCCAAAUCACCUUACCCCAUGAGCAGCGCCAGAGCCAACCCGAUACCGAUCCCGAGGCAAAACCCGAAAUCAAAGUUGCCAUCCCACCUUUUCCUUUUGUUGGUGCCUCUGCUGCUGCUGCGGCUGGCCGACCCCGAGACAAAGACGAGGACGAGGCAAUGGACGUCGAGCCGUCCAGCCACAGCACGAGUGCCAGCGCACUGGCUAGAAGCCAGUCCUUCUCUACCCAUCCGCCGCGGCCACCACUAAGCAGGAGCGUCAGCGCCGAUGAAGCGAAUCGCCAGCGUCAUCAUACUCAGAUGGUGCGGCCUGAGGUGACGUUGGGGUCGCCCGCGCCGGAUAUCAUGGAGACUUGA